UCCCAUAAUAUGAUGUCGUAUUUAUUUUCGGAGCCAUCUUCUCUGCCCGCUGCCCCCCAUACUUUCGCCUUCAACCGUAAUCACCAGACCACCCUCAACCCCCCCUCCCAACCCUCCAAGGUGCAUGCGCCGUUGCUGAUUCAAGAUUUUACAGCUCCCCAUCCAGUGGCUGAGGAGUGAGGACUCGGGAAGGGGGCCAAUCAGGUACUAUUAUGCAAAAAGGGGCACCUGAGAGCAACAAGUGACUUACACAAAGGCACCAAUAUUUAUGUACAUUUUCACCAAUUUCUUUUUGACAUUGUAGCGUGCCAUUGCUGCUUAAGUGGAAAGAUGGUAAUGAUGCGAAACAGAAUACCUUGUUGUUCAAGAGAACGAGAGAUGAGUAUUGACUUUGAUGACCAAAACGGAGUUACAACUUACGACGGUCUUGAAAGCUGCAUCAAGCAAAGCGAGUCCAAUGACAAUGAAAGCCCAAGUAGCAGAGGUGAUAAAUGUGUUACAGAAGACUCUUUGUUUGAUGAUGACUCAAGCAGCGUUUCAAGCAAUACCGGCCUUGGAUCAUUCUCUUCUCAUUGGACAGAAGCAAAGACAGAUGAUCCGGGACCUGACAAGUUGGAAUCCUCAGAAAGCCCUCAGCAUUCCUGGGACAUGGAAGACGAAGGUUAUAGAACCGGGUGUUCAGAAGUGGAUAAAAUGAAAGAAGAAUUUUCAAAGCUGUUGCUAGGGGAGGAUAUGACGGGAGGAAGCAAGGGCGUUUCGACUGCAUUAGCAAUGUCAAAUGCUAUAUCAAAUCUUGCGGCGAAUGUCUUUGGCGAGAUGUUGAAAUUGGAGCCACUUUCUGAGGAAAACAAAAGGAAAUGGCAAACGGAAAUGGAUUGGUUGCUUUCCCCUACCAAAUAUAUGGUUGAGUUGGUUCCUGCAAGGCAGAGUGGCGCCAAUGGGAUCACAUUCGAGAUAAUGACAUCACAAGUUCGUCAAGACAUCCAUAUGAAUCUUCCAGCUCUCCAGAAGUUGGAUUCAAUGCUUAUUGAUACCUUGGAUUCAAUGGUUGAUUCUGAGUUCUGGUAUGCUGAAGUUGGUAGCCGUGACGAUGGCCAAAGUAAAAGUGUUGGCCAGAGCAAAAGGUGGUAUAAUCCUAUGCCCCAGAUACCACAAAGCGGUCUAUCUGAUGCUGAAAGAAAGAAACUGCUGGACGGGGGUAAAUUGGUCAAUCAAAUAUUCAAGGCAGCCACCGCGAUCAAUGAGAAUGUGUUGUAUGAAAUGCCCGUUCCAUCGAUCAUCACGGAUUCACUACCUAAGUCAAGUAGGGUAUGCCUGGGAGACGAGCUGUACAAGAUUUUGACGACAGAACCAUCGUCAUCAGUGGACAAUUUCAAUUCCCUGAAGCUGAAAUCCGAGACUGCUGCUCUCGAGGUGAUAAACAAGCUGGAAACUUCAAUUCUGAUGUGGAAAGAGAGAAUCGCGGAGCAAGCAGAAAACGGGCCUCCUCCCCGGUCAUCGUGGUCUUUCAUGAAAGAUCCAUCAGCAGAGGUGGACCGAAUGGAGCAUUUACGCAACAAAGCCGAAGCUCUCCUGCUGCAGAUCAAAAUCCGAUACCCAAACCUCCCACACACAUUCGUCGACACCAUGAAGAUCCAACACAGCAAAGACAUCGGGCACUCAAUCGUGGAAGCAUACUCCCGGAUUCUCGGGAGCCUGGCGUACAGCACACUCACGAGAAUUGGGGAAAUAAUGCAGGAAGAUAUACUGAUCAACCCGAACUCGCCUGCAGUGGCAUACCAUUUCCCGGGAAUGUCGGACUGGACCGUGCACAGCGAAGGUCUGAGGCACUCAUCUGUAGUGGAUAUGAUGAAUGAAGCUCCUGAGUUUGGAACUUGUCUCUUCUGAUCUCUCAUCUUCUCUUGCAUGCCAAUGGCUAUGGCUUCAUAAUAAAAACAAAAAAAUGAAGAAGAACAUAAUAUAUGUUAUUAUUUUCUUUUUAACUUUUAAUUUGGAAGGUUAAGAUCUAAGUAAUUUUGUAAGUAAUUAUACUAAAAUUAGUUGCCAUAUUUUUGCACUGUGGCUCGAUGUAGGGUUCCAUUAUUCCAAAGUUAUGAUGAUGAGGCCUCAGGAGGAGGAGGAGGAGGGUAUACAAUAUUUUCAACUCUCAUCUGUUGAAAAUACUAUGUAAAAUAGGCUAUCCUCGCCAACUACUUCAGUUACAUUUUUAGUAUCCACUUUAUAUUUCAAUAAAAUCUUCCCAUCCAUUAGUUGUAUGAAUAAA